GGAAGRAAAAAAUGUCAUAAUAAUCAUCUAUGGCUGCGGAAUACGGUCAGGUGUGGCUCUCCAAUAAGCGGACGUUAAGAGAGUCGUAGCGUGCAGUCAUUCGGAUGCUAGCCAUGGCUUUCGAGUCUUUCGAAUAACUCCACUCUUGCAAAUGUCUUGGAAGGACCGCACAAUGCAAAAAGCGYGGUUGUUUUCUACAGCGUUGUAUUCGAUUCGAUUUGAUUUGGCAUAUGCUUUYACAGCAUUCGGUUCCGUUGAGCCCUCUCUUUUCUCCCCCUCCCCAAAGGAUCUCAGUCCUCGUCUCGCCCCAACCGCGUCGCCCUCGGCUUCGGCCCGAGGAAGGGCUGGCGACAGCACGGGCAUAGCAUCUCCGGGUUGGUCCGCUUCUGGGACAACCACUCGGCGAUGCAUUCCUCGUGGAAAAAYGGUCCGCCGCGGCGAAGGGACCGCCGGGCGGCGUCGCUGCCGGUCGCUGUGAUGCCACCGCCGCCGGUCCCGCACGGGCAGUGCUUCGGGGCGACCACCGCUUCCCCCUCCGCAAAGCCCUCCAGGCAAACCGGGCAGGAGGACCCGCCCGGCCCGCCGACCCCCGGGGGGGCGGGAACCCUGCACGGCGCGAGGCACCGGAGGAUGCGGCGGUGGUGCCUCCUCCGGCGGCGUCGUGGUGGUUUGCCGGCGGCGGCGGCCGGAUCACUUCUCGCGCUAAACCAGGCCACCAGGGGGACCACCAGUGCCACCAGCGUCGARACCCCAACGCGGAUGCUUUCCAUUCGGGCGGAGCGCUGUUGCCGGGCGUGCGCGUAUCCGUGGAGGACCUCCGGUCUUGCGAUCCAGCAGCCGGCGCCGCCGCUGCCUCCGGAAGCACACACCACGCCCGAAGGGUCGUCCGCAAGGCCGGAUCCGGAUUCGGUGGUGGUUCCUACCGUUCUCUCCAAGUCGYCGAACAAGAMAACGGGUGGUUCUUCCGUCCAGAAGAAACGCAGGCCCAUGGGCACCGCGAUGCCGAGGACGAGAAAGAGCAGCGUCGAGGGACGCUUCCAUCGCUGGGCAGAGGUGGUUGUUGUUGUGCGACUCAUCUGUUUUGUUGUCGUUGCUUUGUUGUUCCGAUCAGAGGCUCUGGGUUUGGGUUUGUUAGGGUUUCCAGAUGCGGUGCGGAGCGGAGGAAUGCCAGCACGAAUCGAUAUCCAUUCUGCCGUACGGCCUGUAAAGAAGUGUAUMGAACGAGCUUUUGGCUAGAAAAAAAUCAAAAAUAGGCA